GGAGAGUCCGGAAACAGAGAGACGUCAGAUUAGGCGGAGCAGAAAGCAAAGGGACAGCUCAAAUGAGAGUGAAGUAGGCGGUCUAGCUCGGAGGGGGAUAAGACGAGCGGCGGUGAGGGUGAUCACGAUAAGAGAGGAGGCGUGUCCAAGGGCAGGGGUAAGUCAGUCCGAGCAGAGGAGAGGCGUGGUCGGGACAGAAGCGGCCACACCCCCGGGGUUUGCGAUGGAGCCGGGCGUGCCCAGGCGGGAGGCGUUUCCCUGGGCACAGACACAGUCAGACUCGGCUGUGAGUCUCCGCUUCCAUGGCAACCGAGCAGACAGUUACAAACGAAGGCAAGGACUGAAAGUCUUUCACAGAAGUUGCAAGAAUUGUGUGAAGCUUUAAAGAGUUUCCCAGAUCCACAAGAAAAGCUAGGUAGCAAAAAGGCGAAGCAAAAGGCACAGUCAGCCCUAACGGGGCGAAUAUCUAGUGGCGGAACCUUAACAUUGCAAGACUUUUUUCCGAUUUCUUAUAAAAAAAUCUUCUUUUAAGAAAAAGUCGCAGGAAAUUCCAGAUGAGCAACAAGAUGAUACAGUAUAUAUUACAGAGUGGGAGGGGAUUCCGGCGUGGGCGGCAGGUGCUAGUGCAUCAUGUCAAGGACAAUCAGUUACAAUUCCAAAAGAGAUUGUCAAAGCUUUUUUGUAGCACAUGGGAGCAAGCUUGGGAUUUUACCCAGAGAUGAGGGCAGAGUUUCCACAGGCUUUCCGGAUAACUCAAGAGUCGCAGAUCCUCGUUCCUCAGCCAGGACCAGCAACAGCAUGAAGAGUGCAGGUACCAGCAAUGCCGGUGAGUGAAGCAGCGUGGACACAGACACAGCAGAUAACUCCUUUCUACAAGCCAGUGCCUAUGGAAGCACAGCCAUCUGCAGUGCAGACAUUAAUAGAUUGGGCAGAUAUAAGAAUGAAUCUGGCAAGAGAUAGAGCAUGUCCAAUGAUUGAUACAGGGGACAUCGCAAUGGCAGUGAAUUAUGAUGCCCAAGGGCAGAACCAAAUAUGGGAAAGAUUGAAUCACGAAGUAGUUAAAGAUUUUAUUAAAGCAAUAAGAGACAAUGGACUGGGAUCUUCGUAUUUUAAACAACUUUUAAAGAGUACUUUCAAUAUAUAUGAUUUGACACCAUAUGAUCUCAGGUCUUUCGCAUCACUGAUUCUUACAGACACACAGGCACUCAUCUGGGACAGCAGAUGGAGGAGGGUGCUUGCAGAGCUGAGAACGAAAUAUCAAGGUGGGCCAAAUGCAGCUCCCAUCUUGGUGCAGUUAGCAGGUGAUCCACUGGAGGACAACCCAACCCAGCAAGCAAGACUUCCACACGAAGUGUUAGCAGACAUAAAGGAAGCUGCAUGUAAGGCAGUUCUACAGAUUGCACCAGCAGGUAUGCAAAACACAAUUUAUACAGAUAUCAGGCAAGGUGCUUCAGAGAGUUUUUCCUCAUUCACAGUCAGGCUUACACAGGCAGUGGAUAGGCAAGUGACUGAUGAAGCAGCCAAAUCACAUUUGUUAAAGAGUCUUGCGUUUGCAAAUGCCAAUCAGGAAUGCAAGAGAGUCAUCAGUGCAAUUCCUGGUCAACCCUCUUUAGCAGAGAUGGUUGAGGCCUGCAGCAAAGUAGGCACACCACAGCGUAUAGCAUCAAUUGUAGAAGAAAGGAUGGAAAGGGUACUCCAAGUGCAAAAUGAAACUCUUGAGAAGGUUCUUGCAAAUUUCAAAAAGCAGAAGAGCUCCCCAGAGGGACAGUGUUAUAAAUGUGGAAAUUUUGGACAUUUUAAGAAAAAUUGUCCCCAGCUUGCAAAACCAGGCAAGUCAUCAGAGCUUUGUUCAAGAUGCAGAAGAGGAAAGCAUCCUGCAAGUGAGUGUUAUUCACUGACAGAUUUUGAUGUAAAACAAUUACCAAUUCUGGGAAACUGCAAAAAGAGCACGAAUUGUCAACGCACGAGGAUAGAAGUAAUGGUGAUUACACAAGGAACAGCAGCAUCACAAACAGUACAAUUGUUGGGAAACGUCAGUCAGACUUCCUCUACAGGGCAAUUGCAAGCAUCCCCUGCGAUCCAGAGUUAUUGCCACCCGGAGCACAAUGCAAGUCAGAGAGAAAAUUCCUUAGAUAAGAAAGAAUAGACAACCGUGGAAGCCUCAGAAAGGCUGACUCUUCCUUCGGUGCCCAGGCUGAAAAAUAAGAACUCUCAAACUACCACUACUGUGCGGUGAGUGAUCUCAGACCAUAAAAGAGAUCGCCGCCGUUCACACCAGAGUUUGCACAUAAGGAGAUGGAAUGAAACUGCAUCAGGGAAAAGUUCAGACUGAACAUGAGGGAAGGCUCUUUAUUGAGAGGGUGGUUGGUCUCUGAACAGGUUCCCAGGAAAAUGGUCUCCAAGCCUGUCAGCAUUCGCAAAGCAUCUGGAUGAUGCUUAGUCAUAUGGUUUAGUCUGAGGUAGUCACAGAAUAUUUCAAGUUGGAAGGAAUCCAUAAUGAUCAUUCUGCAAGGAGAAGGGAAUGGGACUUGAUGAUCUAUAUGGUCCCUUUCAACUUGAGAUAUUCUGUGAUCCAAAGGACUACAGUGGCUGAAGAAGGCUGUAGUGUAGGAGGCUUUUCUUGCCAUACAGAUGAUAUCUGCUUUCAGCCACUGCCUGAAGGAUAUUUAGGAGCUAGAAAUUCAGUACUUGCAAUUAGACUUUCUUGUACAAGGAAAUUUCAACCUAUGAUGCAUUGGCCUAGGUGUUCCAGGACUAACAGCAGAAGGCAGGUGGAAAGAAAGGUAUGUCAGUGUUCCAACUGAAGCUGCACACUGCUCAUUAGGCUCCCUUCUCCUUGUGGCAGACUAGAGAGAAUUGGAGGCACUCCAAGGAGAUCAAGGAGACCCACUCACUCCAUGCAGCUUUAUGGGAAAACAUGUAGGAGGGACUUUCCCUUUAAAUAUCCAUCCCAGCACUGGAAGUCAGGGUGCUAGAAGACUGUGAACAUCAGUUUAACCAGUGGAUGUCUAGAUUGCAACAAUCAAGUCUUGUCACUGGAUUCAUUGUGGAGUCGCCUCCAGGGUCUGAGUUUCUGUCCUCUUCCCAAUUGUCUUGUCAGUGCCUACAUCCCAGGACAGAGAUCCCAGUUGCCUGGCUUCACUACUAUCUGGUUUCUCAUCAUGGGCUGCAAUAUCCUAGCAUUGGACCAGUCAGGUCACCAGAGAUUCUCCUGACUGGUGACUGAGAUAAUCUUGUGCAUCUCACAACUCACCCAGGGAUAGAAAUGGGGUGAUUAUCUCUGGCCUUGCCUCUUCCUCCUCACUCUUACCUGUGUGAACUGAUUUGAUCUUGGAUUUCUUCUGUAUACGGGCGACUGCUGCUGUCACUGAAACUGCAAGGAAAAACCAAAACUAUCCAGCAUUUUUAGUGUUAGAUAAUCAAGGCAUUACUUUACUUCUGGCCAGGAUGUUGUUCUGGCCAGGAUGUGUAACAGAAAUAAUUUCAUCCACUCAUAGCCUGAGUGUGCAGAGAAAAUCAUUCCAUGACAUAUGAAUUUCACUAGAUUUUUCACAAACUUUAUACAGUCAAAACCUAUAGAGAUUCAUUGGUACAAUGUUUAUUGGUUCCAAGUUAGGUAGUUCUUAGUAUUUGGUUUCUUAUUGGUUACAUAAGGUUACAUCGAUUGCCUCCGAUGCUGAUUAGGUCCUCAUUAUUAUCUCUGCUUUCCCAAACUAGGUGUCUCCAACCACACUAGGGAUGUUGUUUGGAGUCGAUGUUCCAUUAAGGCCUUGAUGGCUGUUGAUGCUGUUACCUUUUGUGUCUCUUCUGUGCUGCUUCCAGUCUGUUGAGAUGUUAAGAUCAUCAGGCCUCACCUAGUGGUGCAAUGCCCUGAAAACAAAUUUCAGGUCCCUUCCCCCAGGGCAAAGGCAAACAAACCUGACUAAAGUUAUAAAAUUAAAAUUUUAAACGUGGUGUAUUUUGCAACACUACUAGCGGAGGUUGUUCCUCUGGUUCAGCUGCAGUUUGAGUGGCCGUGGUGCCUACUGGUCUGCUUUCUGCCCUCUCCCCUGAGUUGUUUGGGGUCAAGCAGUGGUCAGGAAACAGUAGCCAGGGUCCAGCAUAACUUCGUGCCUCUCUGGAACUGCCACACCAGUUUUCCUUCACGUAUUGUGCCACUUUUAUCAGGAUCCUGUAGUUGUUCAGGAGUGAAAGAUACGUGCUAAUGUCUUUACAAAUAAUUUGUUGGGUGAAGGUAUGAUUGUUAACGUCUUUUAAAUGGGUCUUACUGUCUCUGCUAAAUUCAAGGCAGCAGGUUUGUUGCACAGCCGUGACGGGCUGGCUUCUGAGAUAGACAAGGGUCUGCUCAAGCCCGAACCUCUGAACCUUGGGGUAAAACGACAGGUUCAAGGGGGGCAUGGGGGACAGGCGGUUCGGGAAGGCUGUACCGUCAGCCAAUGGGGACAUGAAGAGGGAAACGUGCGGCCGGGAGUUAAGGAUAAAAGGAGGCUGUGCCCUCUGAAACCCCGAGAGAGAAAUCCCCGUGGGUGUGUGCCCCAGACGACUCUCUCCCUUUUUUAUUCAAAUAAAGUUGAAGGACUCCUCUGUCUACCUUCUGGACAUAAACCUCUGGCGUUUGUGGAUUUUCCUGACGUGGGUGAACUUCCAAACCACUGAAGCACAAUAAUCCUUCAAAAGCUGGCCCAUUUUAUCCCACAUUCCAUACCAUUCAUGACUAUCUACCCUCAGGGCAGAUGUCUGAAUAACCUCCCUAGAAAUAGCUAAACAUGAUGUAGACUGCACUGAGGAGACCUGCCAGAUUCAGCAACCAGAACAUGCUCUUCUUAACAUGCAGAAGGAAUUAAAAAUUCUCAAAAUCUCUUAUAACAGGAGUGAAAAGAUGGGUGAAAUUGUCCUCUCCAGCUCCCCGCUGCCAGAUUGGACAUGACUAUUAUGGAGUCCCAAAAGGUAGUACCUGAGGUAAGGGUAGGUGAGCAGCACUGAAUAAAUAUCCCAAAUGACCCUCACUGCUCACUGCCCUUGAUCUUAUCAUGCCAUAAACUGAUGUCACACAGUACAGCAACAGAACAAUCCUGUUCUCUCUCCCUCUGAAAAAUAGCAUCAGGAGCACAUACAGGAAUACAUAAAAGGUUAGGUACAAUAUCCAUGCCAACAGACAAAGCAACACUGUGAUCAGUGCCUCCCUAUCUAAUACAGCAAAUGCUUAAAUCAAAUUUGUUUCCAAUCCCCUCUGGUUUUAUCUGUAAUCUCAAUCCUUCCUGCCCCAUAGUGGGUCCCAAACAAGACUGUUGUGGUUCAGGAAUUGACAUAGAUGAGUAACAGGAGGACUUGUUCUUGCAGUUAAGGGUUGAUUAGUAUGUGUAUGUUAAGAGAAGCUUUAUUGAUGUAUAGUUAUGUUAUUGUAGUUUGUUGUUUAGUUGUCCUCUGUUCUCCCCGUAGUCCCCUUGCCCCACCCCUGUAUUGUUGCCGCUAGACAGCCUGGGUUGUCCAGAACAUGUGGAGGGAGGUGUGUACCUGUACCCUUGCAUGGACAAUUGGGAGGAGGGCAGGCUUGUUACUAGGAUUUGUGGCAUGACGACACAUGACCCCCAAUCAAGGUGUGAGAAAACACCCUCCACUAAUGGACAGUGAAGAGGAGUUGACUGAUGGACUUUGGGAGGGGCCAGGGUUGGCUGAUGCAACUCCAGGGGUACAAAAGAUAGAGCAGCCUUUUUGUGGGUGAGCACGUGGUAACUGGUCAUGCAUUCCCAUCCUGCUGCCUCUUUCCUUAUUCAGUCCAUUGUUGUAUUUUGUUAAAGUUUACUAAGCCUUUAAAAUUUAAAAAAUAAGUGUGGUUUCCGAAUGGUACUGCCCAGUUUAGUGCCUCCCACUGAAACACUUAAAACCACACUACCACUUGCUUACU